AUGGUAACCAAUCAAAAUCAUUCAUCUGAUGUAUCCAGCGAGCAGGAAGUUAUCAGAUAUACAGAGAAAUUAGCCCAGUCAUUAGGACUGGAUGAGCAGAAUACAAGAGCAUAUAAAGCACUCUCUGGACAGAUUUGGGCAUUAGAAAAAAGACUGGAAGAUUAUCAUAUCAAAUAUGUAACUCUUAAAAGGAAGUAUAGAUGCAGUGCCCCUAUUCUAUGGAGACGUAUUGAGCUAAAGGGGAACGAUCCCAAAGCAAAGAAAUUCAUAGAAUUAGUAUGUGGGAAGCAAAAGCCAAUUUAUAGCUCGAAACUAACCCAUCUCGAAAUUCCAUACUAUAAUCCACUUUCAAGUAAGAAAAUUGAAGGCAUCGUAAAAACAUGCCCAAACAUAAUUUAUUUGAAUUUCAAAAAUUGUGUGGGUUUUAGUAAUAGAGCAUUAAAUCAGCUUAAAGCAUACCCCAAUCUGAGAUAUCUUAAUUUAUGUAGUAGUGGUAUUAUGGGUGAUAAAGCUUUAUGUGGAAUGGUGGGAUCAUGUCGUAAAAUAGAAUAUCUAAAUAUUUCUUUCUGCCAAGGCAUUACUGAUAGAUCUUUAAUCAAAAUUGCGAACAGUUGCCAAGCUUUACAAGAGUUUUAUUUUGCUUGUGCGCAUUUGAUUUCUGAAAGAUUUAUAAGUCACAUCUUAAACUCAUGUCCAAAUUUAUGAAGAUUCAGUAUUCUGGGUAGCUGUCGAAGAAAAAAUAGAUGUGAUAUAUUAGUAGAAAAACUUCUUACUGUAGAGGAACACCUUAAUGUAGAGAAACAUCUUAGUGUAGAGUAUCUUGAUUUUGGUAAGUAUGUUUACGUCGCCGAGACUUCAAUUUGCAAUGCCAUUCAUUCCUGUCCAAAUCUCCAACAUCUCAACCUUAGUUUUUGUAGAAUUACUGAUGUAACUAUCAAAGAAAUUUCUCAUUCGUGUCUUUAUUUAAAAUAUCUUAAUCUGGAGGGGUGUGCUAAUAUUACUAAAGAAGCCAUAGAUCAGCUCGUUUUACUUAAUCCAAAUAUCCAUGUUGAGGAUUUCAUGAAUUCUAUGGAUAUGUGAGCUGAAU